AUGUACUCCACAAUAUCUAAAACUGCCUACAGGCAGGCUUCUGUAGCUGCAAAAAUUGGCAAGCCUCAACAACAGAGCCCUCUUCUAUUCCCACCGUCUCCGGAUCCGUACUCUGCAUAUCUCUUACUUGAGGAAGAUGAACAUGACGAGAAUGGUAACUCUUCAUCUGUCUCCUGCUGUUGGGGAUGCUGCAAAGGCAAUUGUCUGCGAGAAUUGCCAUUUCCCCAAGACAAAUGCUUAACAAUUCAAUACAGUACAAGUGAUGGAGAGAACUCCCAAACAGAAUGGGAUAGAGUGUACUUUAUUCCUGUUUUGGGCCAACCCAUUUCCUCCCACUGCUACUAUGUCGUGCGUGCUGAAGGCAAACACAAGGGGUUAGUGGAAACAUGCUCUACUGAAGAAGACAUGGUGACACUCUGUUGUUGUAGAUAUGUGAAAGAAAUCUGUCCCAGAUCUUUGCAACCCACCAACUCAAAUCAACAAAUUCAGAUAAUCUCAACGAAGUUUGGAUUCUCAUCAAAGUGCAUAGAUUCUGAUGCUUUCCCUCCAAUGUUCCUGCGGAGGAAGAAUUGGACUGUGGUUGCCAAAGACAUGCGUGGCAAACAUGGGCGGCUUGCUCAUGUUGGAGGGGAAAAUACUGAACUUAGAGCACAAUUACCUCACUUUGAUUUCUCUGUGUCACAGAGAAGACUCCCUGUUGUUAUGGCUGGGGAGUGGUAUUGCCCCUUUAUCUUUAUCAAUGAAUUGGGUACCAGAUUGGAGGAUCCUAAAUUCCAGCUCAUGGAGUCUCCCUUCUACAAGAUGGAUCUAGAAAAGUACUGGGAAGAAAUAUACUCUACUCAAGGUAUGACAGGAAAAGAUGUUGAUGUGGACAAAAUAAUCAAGCUAGAAGAAGUGCUACUUUUUGGAGAAGAGGCAAUUGAGGAAAUCAGAGAUAAUGAUGGAAGUGUUUUGUUUAAAGGUGUGGGAAAUCAAUGGGGACAUCCUACUGGUGUGAAACUUAGCUGGCCCAUCAUUGCCAAAAUAAGGGCAGAUCAAGGUAGAGAUGGAUCAGAACAAGGAAGUGGUGUAGGAGUGAAGAAAUCAUUCAGUGGUGCUGGGAUGAAAGGAAAAUUUGCCUGUUAUGUUGUAGUGGAAAGAUAUGUAUUGAAAAGAAUGGAUGGGAGCAUUGCACUUACAUAUUCAUUCAGAAAUGUGAACCAAAUACAGGGAAAGUGGGAAGUUUGA